GCCGCCGCCACCACCACCAACACCACCAGCAGCGCCGGAGCCGAGAGGAGACCGCGGGCCUUGCCGCCCAGCCUCUCCUCCUCCUAGUCGCAAGCUGCCAACCUCCUUCGGAGAUCACUGAAGGUGGUUCAGGGGAGCAAUAAUAAGCCUGUAAAGGUCUUAUUCCAACAAACUAUUAAAACAUGGUGGAUUACUAUGAAGUUCUAGGUGUGCAGAGACAUGCCUCAGCCGAGGAUAUUAAAAAGGCGUAUCGUAAAUUGGCACUUAAGUGGCACCCAGAUAAAAAUCCUGAAAAUAAAGAAGAAGCAGAAAGGAGAUUCAAACAAGUAGCUGAGGCAUAUGAGGUGUUAUCAGAUGCCAAAAAACGGGACAUCUAUGACAAAUAUGGAAAAGAAGGACUAAAUGGUUCAGGUGGAGGAGGUGGAAGUCAUUUUGAUAAUCCAUUUGAAUAUGGAUUCACAUUCCGGAACCCAGAUGAUGUCUUCAGGGAAUUUUUUGGUGGAAGGGACCCAUUUUCAUUUGACUUCUUUGAAGAUCCAUUUGACGACUUUUUUGGAAAUCGAAGAGGGAAUCGUGGAAACAGAAGCAGAGGUGCAGGACCCUUUUUCUCUGCCUUUGGUGGAUUUCCAAGUUUUGGAGGUGGACUUGCUUCAUUUGAUACAGGAUUUUCUUCAUUUGGUUCAGUGGGGCAUGGAGGACUUACUUCCUUCUCUUCAACGUCAUUUGGUGGUAGUGGGAUGGGUAACUUCAAAUCCAUAUCAACUACAACUAAAAUAGUAAAUGGCAGAAAAAUCACUACAAAGAGAACUGUUGAGAAUGGUCAAGAAAGAGUAGAAGUUGAAGAAGAUGGCCAGUUAAAGUCCUUAACAAUAAAUGGUGUAGAAGAUGAAAACGCCUUCGUGGAGGAGUGUAGCCGCAGAGGACAGAGUGCCCUGCCUUUCCAGUCCCGUGCUCAGAAGAUGAACCGCCCUGCUCCUUCCAAACCCGCGCCUCAAAAUAUUUUUGAGGAGCAGGAUAAACCUCGGGUCAGCAGCAGCUGGGAGUCCCCCAUAUUCGUAGCAGGACACAAAGAAGGUGGCAAGAGGAAGAAACAGAAACAGAGAGAAGAGCAGAAGAAGAAGAAGUCGACCAAAGGGAACCAUUAAAACGGAUUGUCAGAUGCACCAGUACCUUUUCACCACAUGAUCCUAUAACAUUUGAACACAUCUGUGUGUGUGUGUGUAUGUGUGUGUAUGUGUGUAUGUGUGUGUGUGUGCACGCAUGUGUGUGUGUCUGUGUGUUUUGGUCAUACACAUUGUUAGGUACAAGACAGCUCGUGUUUAAAUAUUGUACUAAAACUGCACUAUCAUCACAGUUUCUCAUGAGACUCUGGACAUUUUAAUAACGGGUUGUCGGGUUAGGCAAGUGAGAAGACUGCCAGGUUAGUGAUUGGUGGUUUGGUGAUGUGUGAUGUACUGGUGAUUUGGAAGAUCGUAGAUGUUUUCACUUUGUGUCCUCCCCUCGAGGGGACUGAGCACCACCCCGCUGAGGGUUAGUGUUAAACCUCCAUCUCAUUCUUUUCAUCCAUGCAACUCAUGCAGACUGCUACAACAGAACCCUGCACGCCCAAGCCCUAGUGAACCUAACUGGUGAGCAGAUAUGGGCUCUUGAAGGAUCUGCCAAGUGACCCUUGUUCCCUAAGGGAGGUAGAACAUAUGCUACUUAGCAAGAUAAUUAAAGACUGCAUAAUUUAAGAAAACUGUCAUACUGUGAGUUACAUUGAGUCGUGAAGAAGGUACUUUCUCUUAAAUAGAAGUUAACUGGGCCUAGAUGUUUCUAGACCUCUGGCUUUGUCUCCUAGGUGCUGCCAGGUGACCGCUGAAUCACCCCAGAGGUGAAAUCAUUCAUUCCUGACAUUCAUUAUGACCUUAACUCCCAAACUCUCCAAACCGUCCAAAUUCUACUUUAAACUUCCGUUGGGUUUUUUUUUUGUUUGUUUGUUUGUUUGGUUGGUUGGGUUUUUUUCCUGGGGUGUGUAUGAUGCAGAAUCUCUUCUUUUAUUUUAUUAUAUUUAUAAGAUUCCUUUUCAUUGGAUGUCCAGGAUUCUGCCCCAAUAAUUCUUGUUCCACAGCGAUUGGUUGACUCUUUUCAUAUUAGGGUCAUGAUGAGGGGAAGGAAUAAGCUAGUUUAAAGUGACAUCUGCUAUCAUGAGUGAGUAGGCCAAGCUGACUUUCAGUUUGCAAACAUUCUCUUCAUUUAAAAAAAUCAUUUUGAAUCUGGCAGGAUCACUUUCCAGCUUCCUGUAAUUAUUUCAUUUGCAUGACCUUAUUGCUUCUUAACCUUUAUUCUUUUUUCUUUGAGCCUGACUAGAAUCUCCUUGUAUUGACUUAACUUGAUUCCUUGCAUGUUCCUUGGCAGUGAAUUCUUUCCCUCUUAACACCGGAGCCUCUGGGUCACACUGGUUUGUUCUUUUGUGUCUUCAAGAUGUAGUCACUGUGAAAUCUUUGAUGUGAUUGGGGGGGAAAAGCCAGCAGCUUCCACCUAGCACUGUUGAAGGCCGAGCUCUUUGGUAAAAUGCAGCAUGUCAAUAUGCUGUAGCAACAUACUGAGCUUCAGGAAGCCAGAAUACAAAUGUAGCCUCUGCUUGUAUGAACUGAUUGUUAAAAUUGUGUUUUAAGGGCCUUAUAUAUGGAGGUGGGGGGAGAGGGGAGGGAGGGAGGGUAGAUUAAUUUAGAACCCUGGGGUGGUUUAGUAUUUAUGCUUAUCAUGAAAACUGUAACCUUAGUAAACAUUAAGAUACUUUACUUCGUAUGUAGGAUAUUUUAGGUACUACAUAUGUGAAACAUUAAGAUUUAGCAUAGCCUUUCUGUCGGUCACUUGAUAAGUACCACUAAGUUGUUUGUGCUGUGUUACUAAUAUUUAAAAAUAAAAGCAAUUCUCUCA